AAAUGGGAGUUGAUAUUCAAACAUACAGAGCAAGAAUUGGCACAUACAAGCAUUCUCGAUGUUGUAAAACUAUUGAAAAAUACAGACACUCCAUGGGUAGUGAUGUGGCAGUUCUUGUAACGAACAUAAGCAGUGACAUUUCAACUGUUGGCUGUGUGUUCUUCAUUGGCGUUCUUUUAAUGAUUGCUGGUGUUGAACCUAAUCCAGGUCCAACAGAAAAGGAAAACACUGUCGAUUUAAAAACAAAAUCUGCAGAGAAAUUCCCGAAGGAAGCUGGACCUCUACAAACAAAAGAAGACAAUGUCGCCCUCGUAACAGGAUCUGCAGUGAAAAUACCGGAAGGGGCAGAACCUUUACCACCAAAAGAAGACACUUUCGCUUUAGAAACAGAUUCCGCAGAACAAAUACCGAAGAAAGCUAAAUCUUUACAAACAACAGAAGAUAAUAUCGCCCUGGAAACAGAAUCUGCAGUUCAUUAUACCGGAAGGUGCAGCACGUUUACAAACCAACAGAAGACAAUGUCGUCCUGGAAACAGGAUCUGCCAUAA